GCUCUCCUCCAGCGCUACAGCCAAGGUUGAGAGAAUCAGCUGGGCUAAGGCAGCCAGACAUUUCCUUGUUCUAGAACCACCAGCCAGUCUAGCCCCUCACCAGAAUGAAGUUUUCUGGAUUUGUGAGCAUCCUCGUGUUAUUUGGCCUGUUUGCAAAUGUCCGGGGACCUAGUCUAACUGACUUUCUGUUUCCCAGGAGAUGCCCCCGAUUCAGAGAACACUGUGAACACAAAGAAAUGAACCUGUGUACCAGGGACAGAGAUUGCCAGGGGAAACAGAAGUGCUGCCUUUUCAACUGUGGGAAGAAAUGUUUAGACCCCCAACAAGAUAUAUGUAGCCUGCCAAAAGACUCUGGCUACUGUUUGGCUUAUUUCCCCCGUUGGUGGUAUAAUAAGGAAAACAGCACGUGCCAACUCUUCAUCUAUGGUGGCUGUCAGGGAAACAAUAACAACUUCCAAUCCCAAAGAAUAUGCCAGAACGUCUGCAAAAAAAGAAGAUCUUCCACCUGAACAGAGGACAUGCUGGGAAAACCGUCAGGAUUCGGCUUCUGCUCCAAGCUCUGUGUACCCGCUGGAUCCUCCAGAAUGGCUUCUGGUCACUGCUCUGAGCGAGCACUCCAAGGCCUUAGGUCUUCCCAACUGUGAAUCCUGGGAUGCCUUCCCUCGAACCAUGUCCAGUUCCUGGUCAUAAUCCCUCCUCUUAGGAUCCCAUCACUAACAGUGCCUUGUCUGCUCAGCCCCGCUGUCAGGGGCUCCCUGUUCAUUUCCACGUGGCUCUCAGCUUUAUUCAGUAAAGGAUUUGGCUUCAC